CCUCCCCUAUUUAUAAGUUUGGUAAAGACAUACAAUGAAGCUUCGUCAAAAAUAUUAAAUAUUUGCAAAACCGCUUUGUGACCCAAAAAAACAAUGGUUCACGAAAUAGAAAAUUUCUUUGGUGUUUACUUAUUGCUGAGUCAGAACGAACGAUACAAAGGUCGGACGUACAUCGGUUACACGGUGGAUCCGAAUCGUAGAAUCAAACAGCACAACACUGGAGCUCAUGCAGGCGGUGCAUACCGUACCAGUGGCAAAGGGCCAUGGGCAAUGGUGUUAAUUAUCCAUGGAUUUCCAAAUGAAAUAUCAGGAUUGAGGUUUGAGUGGGCUUGGCAGCAUCCAGAGAAAUCCAGACGACUUAAACAUCUACCGAAGAAAAGCAGAAAAGAAAACCAGUUUGACUACAGGUUUAGGAUUGUGUCAGAAAUGCUGCGUACUGCUCCUUGGAAUAGACUUGCCCUGAAUAUUCAGUGGCUUAAACAGGAGUUUGCCAGAGAUUUUGAUCCAAAAUUAACACCUCCACUCCACAUGGCAGUUGCAUAUGGACCAGUGAAAAGUAAAAAGAUCCUAGGAGAGUCCAAUAGCCGAACCAAGGGAAGUAACUCAAAUGAAAACUUAGAAAUAACUGAUGCAUUUACUGUCCCUGUCAGCAGGCAUAUACGAUGUGCAGUUUGCAGUGAAUUACUGAAAGAUACCAACUUAAGCUUAUUGCGUUGUUACCAGCCUACAUGCCUCAUGGUUUCUCACAUAAUCUGCCUUGCCAAGCGUUUUUUGGAGAAGAAGAAUGAGAACGCAGUCCACAUUGUGCCUGUAGAGGGCGCCUGUCCAAAAUGUAAUCAGAAUCUACUCUGGGGAAAUCUCAUACGACAUAAACAUGGAUGUUACCAGAAUCUCUCACAGGGUACAGACGAUGAUCCUGUGGAAGAUGACCAUUGGACCAAUGAGUUGCUGUCACAGGUGCCUAUGUGAACACCAUUCAUUUGUUAACUAAAUGACAUACUUAUGUGAACAACAUUCAUUUGUUAACUAAAUGACAUACUUAUGUGAAAACCAUCCAUUUGGUAACUAACUGACAUAAUUAUGUGGACACCAUCCAUUUGGUAACUAAAUGACAUAAUUAUGUGGACACCAUCCAUUUGGUAACUAAAUGACAUAAUUAUGUGGACACCAUCCAUUUGGUAACUAAAAUAAUUAUGUGGACACCAUCCAUUUGGUAACUAAAUGCAAAAAUUAUGUGGACACCAUCCAUUUGGUAACUAAAUGACAUAAUUAUGUGGACACUAUCCAUUUCGUAACUAAAUGACAUAAUUAUGUGGACAUCAUCCAUUUGUUAACUAAAUGACAUUAUUAUGUGGAUACUAUCCAUUUGGUAACUAAAUGGCAUAAUUAUGUGGACACCAUCCAUUUGUUAAUUAAAUGACAUAAUUAUGAGAACACCAUCCAUUUGGUAACUAAAUGACAUAUUUAUGCAUACACCAUCCAUUUGGUACAUGUAACUUAAUGACAUAUUUAUGUGAACACCAUCCAUCUGGUAACUAAAUGACAUAAUUAUGUGGACACCAUCCAUUUGGUAACUAAAUGACAUAAUUAUGUGGACUUUAUCCAUUUGGUAACUAAAUGACAUAUUUAUGUGGACACCAUCCAUUUGGUAACUAAAUGUUUGUAUCAUGUGAACACCAUCUAUCAGUGAACUAAAUGCCAUUUCCAUCUAAACAUAAUCUGUUAGUGAACAAAACUCAUUGUCAUAUGAACACCAUCCCUUUGUGAACGAAAUGCCAUAGCCAUCUGUGUGUCAACUAAAUGCUCUUAUUGUGUCAACACCAUCCCAUUGUUAACUACAUGCCAUAGUAAAUAAAAAAACAGUCUGUUAGUGAACAAAAUGCCAUAGCCAUGUGAACACCAGCUAUUUUUUAUGUCCCCCACCACUAUAGUGGGGGACAUAUUGUUUUUGCCCUGUCUGUUGUUUGUGUGUUUGUUUGCGCCAACUUUAACAUUUGCAAUAACUUUUGCAAUAUUGAAGAUAGCAACUUUAUAGUUGGCAUGCAUGUGUAUCUCAUGGAGCUGCACAUUUUGAGUGGUGAAAGGUCAAGGUCAUCCUUCAAGGUCAAAGGUCAAAUAUAUAGCUUUAAAGCGGUGCAAAAGGGGACAUAGUGUUUCUGACAAACACAUAUCUUGUUUAUUAAAUGUCCUAGCCAUGUGAACACAAUCUGUUAGUGAACUAAGUGGCUCUUAUCAUGUAAACACCAUCCCUUUGUAAACUGAAUGUCAUAGCCAUGUGAACACAAUCUGCUAGUGAACUAGAUACUCUUUUCAUCUGAAAACCAUAUGUUAAUGAUCCAAAAAUGCCAUAACCAUGUCAACACAAUGUGUUAAAUAACUAAAUACUCUUUUCAUGUGAAAACCAUAUGUUGGUGAUCUAAAAAUGCCUGAACAAUGUCAACACAAUGUGUUAGUGAACUAAAUGCUCCGGCCUUUUGCACACCAUCUGUAAGUGAACACAUUUCCUUAGUCAUGUAACCCUAGCCAUUUGAGCAUAAUCUGUACGUGGACUAAAUGCCCUAGCCAUGUGAAUGCCAUCUGUAAUUAACCAAGUGCCCUUAACAUGUAAGCACUUUCUUCAUAUAAAGUGACUGUCCAGUUGUCUAUUAUUUACAUGUAAUGGUGCAAAGUAUUUCUUUGUUUUGAUCAAAACUAAAUUUAUUUUACAGAAUAUUUAUUUUGAAAUUCGUAUUUGUGUACUGAUUCGUAUUUGUGUACUGAUUCGUAUUUGUGUACUGAUUCGUAAUUGUGUACUGAUUCGUAAUUGUGUACUGAUUCGACUUUAAUCUAAUGAAUUGAAGAUCAGAUAUUUUGUAAGUUAUAAGACUUAUUUGUGAGUUAUUUUAUUUAUCAUAUUUAUUCCGAUGAGUUUCAUAUAAAAUGAAUUUAAUAAACAUAUAUAAGAA